AUGUCCGUCAGCAGCCACGAGAACCGGAAAUCCCGCUCGAGCUCCGGCUCCAUGAACAUCCACCUUUUCCACAAACCGGGCCACGCCGACAGCCUCCUCACCCACCUCAACCUGCUCCGCAAGCGGCACCUCUUCACCGACGUGGUGCUGCGAGCGGGGAACCAGGCCUUCCACUGCCACCGGGCCGUCCUGGCCUCCUGCAGCCGUUACUUCGACGCUAUGUUCAGCGGGGGCCUGAAGGAGAGCAGAGACGCCGAAGUCAACUUCCACGAUUCCCUCCACCCCGAGGUGCUGGAGCUGCUGCUGGAUUACGCCUACUCGGCCCGGGUGCUGAUUAACGAGGAGAACGCGGAGUCCUUGCUGGAGGCUGGGGACAUGUUGCAGUUUCAGGAUAUUCGGGAUGCUUCGGCCGACUUUCUGGAGAAGAAUCUUUACCCCGGGAAUUGCUUGAACAUGCUGCUGCUGUCCGAUGCCCACUGCUGCGAGCGGCUGCUGGAGCUGUCCUGGAGGAUGGCGUUGGCCAACUUCACCUCGCUCUGCAAGACCGAAGACUUCCUCCGCCUGCCCAAAGACAAGCUGCUGGAGCUGGUGGAGAGCGAAGAGCUGGAAGUAGAGGAUGAGACGCUGGUCUACGAAGCUGUUAUAGGUUGGAUCCGGUACGAUUUGCCCCGACGCCAUGAAGUUCUGCCAGAGUUGCUGCGCUCCGUCCGCCUGGCCCUUCUGCCCGAGUCCUACCUGCGGAAGCAAGUGGCCUGCGAGAAGCUGGUGACCAGCCACAAGCUGGGGGAGGAGAUCGUGGCCGACGCCGUACGAUGCAAAAUGAAGAUCCUGCAAAACGACGGCCUGGUGACAGGGUGCUGUGCCCGACCCCGCAAGGUCAGCCAGGCCCUGCUGCUGCUCGGCGGCCAGACCUUCAUGUGCGACAAGAUUUAUAUGCUGGAUCAUAAAACCCGCGAGAUCAUUCCUCGUGCCGACAUCCCAAGCCCUCGUAAAGAGUGCAGUGCCUGCGCCAUCGGGUGCAAAGUGUACAUCACCGGCGGCAAAGGCUCCGAGAACGGCGCUUCCAAAGACGUCUGGGUUUACGACACCCUCCACGAUGAGUGGGCGAAAGCUGCUCCCAUGCUGGUGGCGCGGUUUGGCCACGGCUCCGCUGAGCUGGACCACUGUCUGUACGUGGUGGGGGGUCACACGGCAGUGAGCGGCGCCUUCCCGGCCUCUCCCUCCGUCUCUCUCAAGCAAGUCGAACACUACGACCCGCAGCUGGACAAAUGGUCCUUGGUGGCCCCUCUCCGAGAAGGCGUAAGCAACGCCGCCGUGGUGGGAGCCAAGAUGAAGCUGUUUGUUUUCGGUGGCACCAGCGCCAACCAGGAGAAACUGCCCAAGGUGCAGUGCUUCGAUCCCUGCCAGAACCGCUGGACGGUGCCUGCCAGCUGCCCCCAACCCUGGCGGUACACGGCCGCCGCCGUGGUGGGCAGCCACAUCAUUGUCAUCGGAGGGGACACGGAGUUCUCCGCCAGCUCCGCUUACCGCUUCCACAGUGACACCUACCAGUGGUCCAAAUUUGGGGACGUCACCGCUAAGCGCAUCAGCUGCCGUGCUGUUACGUCGGGUAACAGACUGUACGUGGUGGGGGGCUACUGCGGGGCUCAGCGCUGCAAAACGCUGGACUGUUACGAUCCAUCAUCUGACACCUGGAGCAGCGUCACGACAGUGCCUUAUUCCCUCAUCCCCACCGCCUUCGUCAGCACCUGGAAGUACCUGUCUGCCUGAGUUACGGUGUGGCGAAGAACCUGGAAGGCCUCACACCUGAUUUUGCCAGUGUCUCACUUCACUGAGGAUCCAGACAGAAGACACGGGCAGUAGGAACGCCUCCUCCUACCUAGCAAGUCUGUGAACUGGAUGCCAGCCCUUGCGUGGAUCUCAUUAGCAUCAGCAGGGCUCACGGCAACACAGCUUUGGCUUUGAACUGCUUCUGUAAAUCCCCUUCGUUCAGACCAGGCAGGGGACAAGCACGGAGGGACCUCCUCGGACUGGCAGCUUGUGCUGUCCCUUGAGACGGCAAAAGGUUUCCAAGUUUUCUCCUAACUCGUGUGGUCUCAGAGCAGGAACCAGAGGAAUAUUUUUUACUUCUUUCUUUGAAUAUUUUGUUUUAAGUGAUAUUUACUAGAAAGGACAAAGGAAGCUUCUAAGUAACUGGCAGCAGGCUCUGGACUGUGCUGCUGUGACUUGGAAUGCAGGCAGCACCAGAGGCAGUUGCCUGAAAUGUCUUAACAUGUGACAGUACUUUGCCCAUGGGCUGGUUCUGUACUACCUUUUUUUUUUUUUUUUUUUUUAUACAGCAGUUGUGUGUGUUUAUUACUCAGCCUGGAGCUGCUUCAAUAAAUCUGAAUAAAAUCCA